AUGAUCCUCGUCGGUUUUGCUGCUUUUGUGAUGGAAAACGUGCCAUCGGUGACGAUGUGCCUCGACCAGUGCACCAACCCCCCACCUGAGACUGGAGACAAUUUCGAAUGCAAGUCAGUGAUGUACUACUACAAUGACAGAGAGAGCUCGACCUCUUCAUCAUCCAGAAGGGACAGUUGCCAAGUGAGUCCUCCUCCACAUUUCUUUUUGCUGUUAUUCGCUCCUAGAGUACAUCCAAAAGUUACAACUACAAUUUUGUCUGCUGCAGAGAAUCAAGCUAAUACCUUGGUUCAUUUGACAUACUAUCGCAUAGCUCACCGUCACCUGAAGCCUGAAAAGUGCCCUGCAGGAACUCAUCUCAAGGCCGUACGUAACCGUCAACGCUCGCUCCUGCCAGAAGGCGAAGGAGAUCUGCAUGUUCUGAAGGCUGCCGCUAAGGGUGUCAAGGAGUGCAUGAAGAAGUGCUUCGGAACCAGUCCAGAUAAAUGCCGCUCCUUCAACUAUGAUAAGCAGGCUGGUACCUGCAAUCUUCUGUACUUGGACAGCAUGGCCACCCUCCGACCACAAAUCCGUCAAGGCACUGACCUCUACGACUUGCGCUGUCUGGCAGACAUGCCUCUAGUGGAAGGAGACUGCUCGAUCAACAAGGACGAUGCGCUGUUCUCACGCUACUUGCACACCAAGCAACGUGGUAUCGCCAGCAAAACGUACAAGGUCGUGUCGCUCAACUCCUGUCUCGAAGUCUGUGCCGGAAAUCCCACUUGCGCUGGAGUAAACUACAAUCGCCGUGUCGGUCAGUGCGACAUCUUUGACGCCAUCGACGGCGAGGCAGAUGUCAACGAACAUGUCGACUUCUACAAGAAUCUCUGUGUCAUCAAGGAAACCGACAGCGGAGUAUCAGCUGCCGCUAAUGUACCACCGCAGACUCAUCGUAUGUCCGGCACCGUAACCAACAAGAAGAAGGACUCGCGUGGAGAGCUGCUUGCAACGAAAAAGGUGAAACCAUCAAUUCGUGAGCACGAACAACAUCGGCGCAAGCCCGAAGCCACUCUCCCUAUUGGACCACCAGUCUCCAUUCCACCUAAUGCAAUCCACACAAUUUGCAACUACGAAGGCAUU